CUCUGAACCCAAACACUGAGCACAGCUGCUAGCUAAAGAAGCGCAGGGAAAGAAAGGGGACACAGGCCAAGCGGUGGUGAAAUUGUUUUCGUUACGCUUUAUUUUAGGUUGUUUCAUUACGUAACAGUUGGUUUUGGUGUCGCUUUUCUACACGUAUUGACACAACCAAUCCAGGUUUAUUAGGGAAUUUCAUGACUUAACUGACAUAAACCUAGCUUUCGAGUGCGGGUUGUUAGCUUAGCCUGGCCGCUAUUGGUUGUGUACCACAGGGCGUGAUUUAAGUAAAAAGAAGAGGUUGGUUUGAUGCACGUGCCACCAAAGCCAGAGGCACCAUGAGUGCAGAGCUGGAUGCACUGACCGUGGUCAACCAGCUGAGAGAUCUCGCUGCCGACCCUCUGAAUCGCAGAGCCAUAGUGGAAGAUCAAGGUUGCCUUCCAGGUCUCAUCCUUUUUUUCGACCAUCCAAACCCGCAGGUUGUCUACUCAGCCCUGUUGGCUGUGCGCUACCUGGCAGAAUGUCGAGCCAACAGAGAGAAACUGAAGGGCGAGUUGGGCAUGAUGCUGAGUUUGCAGAAUGUCAUGCAGAAGAGUACAUCCCCCGGGGAGACCAAACUGCUGGCGUCUGAGAUAUACGAGAUCCUGCAGUCAGCUGGUAAAGAAGAGGCAGAGCAGGCCGAAGCAGCUGCUGCCUCCUGCAGAAAAAAAGCCCACUUCUUCCUGGGCUCCAACAACAAGAGGGCCAAAACUGUAGUUUUGCACAUUGACGGACUGGAUGACUCUACUCGAAGGAGCCUGUGCGAGGAGGCUUUGUUGAAGAUUCGAGGGGUCAUAAGUUUUACCUUCCAGAUGGCUGUUAAACGAUGCGUCGUCCGCAUCCGUUCCGACCUUAAGGCUGAGGCAUUGGGGACAGCAAUUAACUCCACCAAAGUAAUGAAGGCUCAGCAGGUGGUGAAAACAGAGGACGGAGGAGAGCUGGUGGUACCAUUCCAGGAGGACUCAUCAGUGCUGGUAGAGGAGAACACAGACAUCCCAGACUACCUACCUGAGGAUGAGAGUCCAUCACUGGAGCAGGACAAGGCCGUCACUCGCGUAGGAUCGGUCACAGACGGCCUGGGCUGGCUCAGCACGGCUGCUAACUUCCUGACACGCUCAUUCUACUGGUGACAGCUUCCUGUGCGUCUUCCUCUGCUCCCCCUGUUAGCAGAUACCCUCAGUAUAAUGUUGGACUUCACCCUGCAUCACUAGUUUUAGGCUCUACUCUAAACAGCGCACAUACUGGACUGCCAAGCAGAACAUGCAAUAAUUUUAACAUGAGCAUAAAUUAGGCUACAAAUCCCUCAGCAAGGCUGUAUGUUCACCACUAUAGACUAACUGCAGACGUAUUUAGAGGACAUAGCCAAAAGACUCCAUAUACUACAGAACCAAAUAGCUUUCUGGAAAUUAGUCAAAUAAUAUUGAGCAACAGGAUUAAUGGGAGGUUCUUUUAACUGUCUUCUCUUUUUGUGCAUGACUUUAUUUCUUUAUUUGCAUCUAAUCGGAUAUUGAUUCUUUAGAUACUUUCAUAUUUGAAAGUUUCACCGUUUUUUGCUUUGUUAAUUUGUCUUUUCAGCAUGUUACGUGCCAUUAUCGCCUUUAAGCCUACAUCCACCAAUGAUGUGUCUGCUCUUUUGAGAUUUGUUUAUUCAUACUUUAUUUGAAAUGAUAUUAGAGCUCUGGAAAAUGCUGUUAGACACCAGCAAAAACUGUUCUGUAUUCAGCCACUGGCCCUUGCUCAUCAGACUGAACAGUUUUUUUUUUUUUUUUUAAUACACACCUUUAUGACUGAUUGUUUCAGGGGCAUCUAAAUGCAUUUCAAUGAUAUCAAAAUGUAGAUUUGUUGAAUUAAUUCAACUCAAUGGGAGAUUAUAUACAGAUUCACUCCACACUGAAGUAUUUCUGUUAGUUCCCAUGACAGUUUAUAGACAAUGAAAACCCUAAAAUCCAUUCUUGGGAAAAUUAGAAUAACAAAACGCUUUUAAGACAGAAAUGUAAACCUGUGGCGAAGUAUCAAAUCUGCACAGUUUAUGAGCUCAGGGUGGGGUACCCCGGUGUGAAACUACAGCCUCAGUGCUGCUGUAUUUCAGGUAAGCCUGGUUGGCUUGAUAGCAUCUGUUGAGAUAAAACCAGGUACUGUUCAUUUCAUUAGGGUGAUCAGGUGCCCAGUCCUGCUGGAAAAUGUCUCCGGCUUGUUAGCAACUUGUUAGCAGUAGGCAACAGGAAGCUCUCUAAAAUGUCCUGGUAGACGUGUGAGCUGACUGGACUUUCUAAAGGACAGAGGCCAAACAUCACUGGCUCUAAAAAGUAUAAGUCCAGCCUCAGUCCAGGCUUUUCUAUAGGAAUGUACCAUCUAUCAGCGCUGUCAUUGGUGUUGGCGAAUUAUCGGUUCCAUAAUUAGAACUGGGGGAGGAUGUACUGCCUCUAGUGGAGGAGUUUAAGUAUCUUGGGGUCUUUUUCACGAAUGAGGGGAAGAUGGAGCGGGAGAUCGACAGGCGGAUUGGUGCGGCGUCUGCUGUGAAGCGUGCCCUAUACCAGUUUGUAGUGGUAAAGAGAGAGCUGAGCCAAAAAGCAAAGCUCUCGAUUUACCGGUCGAUCUACGUUCCUAUGCUCAUCUAUGGUCAUGAGCUUUGGGUCAUGACCGAAAGAAUGAGAUCCCGGAUACAAGCGACUGAAAUUAGUUUUCUUCGUAGUGUG